UUCUUUAGGUUAAAAUAACAAUGUGUAUUGACUAGGAAUAUAUGGUUUCUUAUUUAAUAAGGUGUAAUCCGUCUGGAUGCAGAAGAACUUUGAGCCAAGUCAAAAUGAAACAUAAAAACAUACUGCAAAAAGGUAAUAGUUGAUUACACGAUCACUGAACUAUUGAUUAAACACGAUUUAGUAUAUUCUGUCUGUCAUGUAGCUAAUAGAAAGCAAGCUGAAGCCCGUCUAACUGGCGGGGGCCCACCACCACCUCCCCUCACCCCAUCUGAGGAGCUGGCUCUGUCCCUUAAUAAAGGGCGACCAGUGGUUGCUGGCAUUCCAGGGGGCACUUCGUCACACACACCAUGCACCACAAGUAGCAUGGUGAAAUAUACUGAUAGAGGGAUUGUAUUAUUGGACCCUACAGAAAGGACACAGUCUGUCACAGCUGUUGAAGAUGACGAUGAAGAGACCACAUCUGCUGUGACAGAAGUGGACAAUGCUGGUGGAUCCACUGAGUACAUACCUGGGGAUUUGCCCACAGAUGACGGUCCUUCAACCUCAGUGCACGAUCUAAGCAGUUUGCCAGCAAAGGAGCUGUAUAAGGUCCAUCUUCAAAAACAAAUAAGAAAAAGUGACAUGGAGAUGGACCUUAUACAGCUUCAAAUGGAGGCGAAAAGACUAUCCAUAAAAAAAGCAACAUUAGAAAUAGAAUUACUGGAGCAUCGCCUUAAGGAAAUAAAGAAAUGAACCACACCGCAGACCAGUGCACACAAUUUAAUAAAAGUAAUUCUGAGAAAUCCUG